AUGGCAAAAGCAGCCAAAAAGAAAUUCUCCUCCGCUCCAAAUCCUACCGGAAAAACAGUGGACGCUUCGAAGGCAGUCAACUCGGUUUUCAAGUUCAACACAGAUCUCGGACAGCAUAUUCUCAAAAACCCACUUGUUGCACAGGGCAUCGUUGAUAAAGCUCAGCUCAAACCUAGUGACGUUGUCCUAGAAGUUGGUCCUGGUACGGGUAACUUGACGGUGAGAAUCUUGGAAAAAGCUAGAAAAGUUAUUGCCUCAGAGAUGGAUCCUCGAAUGGCAGCAGAGCUUACAAAGAGAGUAGCAGGCACCCCGAAUCAGAAGAAGUUGGAGAUCAUUUUGGGAGACUUCAUAAAGGCCGAACUUCCAUACUUCGACGUGUGCAUCUCCAACACCCCCUAUCAGAUUUCCUCGCCGUUGGUGUUCAAACUCCUCAAUCAGCCCAGACCACCUAGGGUAUCGAUCCUCAUGUUCCAAAGAGAAUUUGCGAUGCGUCUAUUAGCUCGUCCUGGUGACGCCUUGUACUGUCGACUCUCAGCAAACGUGCAAAUGUGGGCUAAUGUGACGCAUAUAAUGAAGGUGGGAAGAAACAAUUUCAGACCUCCCCCACAGGUGGAGUCCUCGGUGGUCAGAAUCGAGAUCAAACAGCCCAGACCAAAUAUUGACUUUAAUGAGUGGGAUGGCUUGCUUCGUAUUGUUUUUGUGAGAAAAAAUAAGACUAUCGCAGCUGGAUUUAAGUCUAGCAACGUAAUUGAGAUUUUGGAAAAGAACUACAAGACGCUCUUAGCGACGCAGAAUGCCGAAGACUCCAUGGCUGUGGACUCCAAGACAGACUUGACUGGAGUUGUUAAGGAGAAAAUCGAGACUGUUUUGAGAGACACUGGCUUCGCCGACAAGAGAGCCGCCAAAUUAGACCAGACCGACUUCCUCAAGCUCCUAUAUGCUUUCCAUCAGGUUGGUAUCCACUUUGCAUAA